AUGGCAAGCUCCUCUAGUUUUGUUAAUCUCUUAGCGAGCCAAGGGUCAGUUGACCUUGACUCUGCAGAGACUCCUUUGUUUAGUACCCAAUCUCCUCAAGAGUCAAGUGUCAAAGAGAGGAGAAAGUGUAUGGGAGAUGAAGUCGAUCGAAUAUUGAAUGCGACAUUGGAUAAGACUGUCGAUGAAUAUUUUGAAGACACAUACAACAACAUCGUCAAGAACCAAACAAAGAAACAAAGCAAACGUGCAUAUGUCGAACGAAACCGCGAAGAGAGCCAUACAAGACUAUGGACUGACUACUUCAGUGAAAAUCUUACAUUUCCGCCUCAUUUAUUCAGACGGCGUUUCCGCAUGAACAAGGCGAGAUGCUGUCGGAAGAUUAGGUCUAUCUCCACUACAAAUGUGUACAGCAUCUCUUCGUAUGGCUGUGCUGCUGACGCCGUUGACGAAUAUCUCCGACUUGGUGAAAGCACAACACUUUCAUGUUUAAGCAAAUUCACAGAAGGCGUAAUACAGUUAUUUGGAGAUGAGUAUCUACGAAGACCCACUCCAGAGGAUCUUCAGCGACUACUCGAUAUUGGAGAGAUACACGGCUUUCCUGGGAUGAUAGGAAGCAUCGCCUGUACCUUAAACGAUAUUAACGUCCUCGAUUGGUCUCCUGUUUUUGAUGACAUUUUACAAGGUCGAGCUCCAAGGGUACAAUAUGUGGUCAACGGGCACCAAUAUGAUUUGGCGUACUACCUUACAGACGGCAUAUAUCAAAAAUGGUCAACAUUUAUCCAAUCUAUCUUAAACCCUCAAGGUCCUGAAGCAGAGUUAUUUGCUAAAGUUCAAGAAGCAACCCGAAAAGAUGUGGAGCGUGCUUUUGGAGUUUUGCAAGCUCGAGUUGCAAUAGUGAAAAACCCGGCUAUUUUGUGA